ACGUGAUGUCCUCACUGAACUCUCCGUUUACGAAAAACAGCUGCAACUGCUCACCCUUAGCCGUUUCUGCACGAUACUUAUGAUUUCAACUCCAAAAUGGCCAAUAUCAAUGAAGUGAUCAAUGGGCUUUAUGAGGCCCUCGUGAAGGUGAGGUAUCCAGGAGUGACGAAUAUCGAACGGGGGGAUCUGGAGAACACCCUCUUGGCACAGAAUGACAGGAAUAAACUUCUGCACUGGUUGUUGGUGCAGAGCUUGAGGGCUAUUAGUUCAACAGCUGAUGAGCCUAAAGCCGACAAUGAGUCAUUAGUCAAGUGGUACGUGCAGCUGGGCAUCUGUGAUAAUAAAGCAGCUCUGCUGGGUCAAUGUCCAAUAAAAGAUCAGUUGGAUACUCUCAUCAGACUCACGAGAUUCGUGAUGAAUGUCCUCGGGGUUAAUGGCGAGAAGAAAGUGAUCCCUGGUGAGGCUGAGAAUAUCCUAGACAGAUAUCUGAAUACUGAAAUUAAUCUCAUUCCGACGUCCUGCAAGUUGACGACUAAAUUGGGGUACAAUGAGGCUAAACGGUAUAUGAAGAAGUUGAGUGAGAGUGUCAAGGAACAGGUGCCUCCAUCGACUUUUGCUUCGACAGGGGAUAACACCCAAGAUGCUGUUGAGGGAAGAACAGACCAAUCAGACGAGCAAGCACUCUCGGCAUCUGCCGAAACCGUCGAGAAGUUUUGCGCUGCUUUCCAAGAUAUCGAUAAAUGGACGAAAGUUCCAGAAGAGUCGACAGAAAAUCCCACGAAGUUGAUGGAUAAUUACAUAGACAGCAUUCACAAUAAUUUCUCAACAUUGAAUGAGGCUCUCCAAAACAAAAAUGGAAUUCUAGCCGCAGUUAUUCCCACAGGACUAGACGUGGGAACGUAUCCCUUGGACCAAAUUAUUCAAGAUACAGUGAUUGGCCUGGAAGAGCUACAGAAAGUCACUGAUAGGAAUGAUAAUUAAAUCUAGCUCUCAUUAUUUUCUUCUUUCCUAAUUUUUAGGUGAAAUAAACUUUCCGAAUCUUCAAUAUCUCCUGAUCAAACGAUACGAUUUCAAAAAAUUUAAUUCCAUUUUGAACAUUAAAAAAAUAUCUUGAAAAUGAGAUCAAAUUUUUUGAAAUUCACUCUGCCAAUCUCGAGAUAUUGAAGACCUUGUAGCUGCUCUCUACUUCUCAGAAAUUAGAUCUCGUACUGAUUUUGUAUUCUUUUUAUACUUAAAAUACUGUAAGGAUAAUGGUCUCUGAAUAAAACAUGAGUUCAAUGUA